UUUAACUAUCUAUCCUCGACCUCUGCUCUGCCUCACACACUCUCUCUCCUAUUUUUGUUUUGCUUCUGUCUCUCUCUCUCUCUCUCUCUCUCUCUCUCUCUCUGUUAUAAUAUCUGCAAGCUUUUGGCUGUUGUCUUCAAAGUUUUGGGGGAUCCGAGGAUUAAUAACUAGAGUGUGGCUUAUUUAAUAAACUUGUUCAAAAUUGUAUUAUAUAAGAACAAAGAGCCGGAAAGAUGUUCUCAGAGGCCAACAGUUUGCCCUCCAAAGUGGGAAAUGCGAUGCAUUCUGAUCCAAAUGAAGAACACGCCAUCCGGAACAGCAGUGCUUCGGCCUUCGACUCGAGCCGGAUGAGCGGCGAGGGCUCUCCCAUGAUGAUGUCCCCUUGGAAUCAAAACAGUACUCCCUUCAACCAAUCUACAUGGUCACAGUUCGGGGACAGCCUUCCCAGGAACCUUCCCCAGAACGGCCUCAUCGGCUCCCUCGUCCGAGAAGAGGGCCAUAUAUACUCUCUGGCAGCCACCGGCGAGCUCUUGUACACCGGCUCCGACAGCAAGAACAUUCGGGUUUGGAAGAAUAUGAAGGAGUUCUCCGCGUUCAAAUCCAACAGCGGGUUGGUGAAAGCCAUCAUCAUCUCCGGCGAGAAGAUCUUCACCGGCCACCAGGACGGCAAGAUCCGAGUUUGGAAGGUCAAUUCCAAGAACGCCAGCGUCCACAAGCGGUCAGGGACAUUACCAACUUUUAUGGACAUAUUGAAAUCUUCCGUCAAACCCAGCAACUACAUCGAAGUGAAGCGCAAAAGAACCGCCCUCUGGAUCAAGCACUGCGACGCGAUCUCCUGCUUGAGCAUGAACGAAGAGCAAGGACUGCUGUAUUCGGCUUCCUGGGACAGGACCUUCAAGGUGUGGAGAGUUGACAACUCCAAGUGCCUGGAGUCCGUCAAGGCCCACGACGACGCCGUCAACUCCGUCGUCUCCGGCGUCGGAGGCAUGGUCUUCACCGGGUCGGCGGACGGCACCGUGAAGAUGUGGCGGAGAGAAAUACAGGGGAAGGGGACGAAACACAUACUGGUGGACACGCUGUUGAAGCAGGAGAGUGCGGUGACGGCGUUGGCCGUGGACAAGUCGGGUUCGUUUGUGUACUGUGGGUCGUCGGACGGGAUGAUGAACUUUUGGCAAUGUGAGAAAGAAUUGGCGCACGGUGGGGUCCUCAAGGGCCACAAGUUGGCGGUUCUCUGCGUCGCGGCAGCAGGAAACCUGGUGUUCAGCGGCUCGGCGGAUAAGAACAUAUGCGUGUGGAGAAGGGAUGAGAUGGUGCACACGUGUUUAUCAGUCUUAACGGGUCACAAUGGCCCGGUUAAGUGCCUGGCCGUGGAGGAGGAUAAGGAAUCGACGGCCAGUGAACGGAAGUGGGUGGUGUACAGUGGGAGCCUCGACAAGUCCGUGAAGGUGUGGAGCGUCUCUGAACUAUCACCUGAUUUGCAUCAGAUGGCUAUGAUGCAACAGCCGCAGUCUUCUUCGGAGGGCGACGCAUCCUGGGGAUCCAUUCCAUCAGCCAAGUGAUGAAACUGGCUGGCUGACGGUGGGUCCCUUCAUCACUCGCUCGUGUUGAUAAAAGAAUGGGAUCCAAAAACUUUUGGGUAUGUGCCACGUGUUCUCUGGGUGCGUGAUGAAUUUGAUACAGUGACACGUGCGAGAAAGAAGAGGGGAGAGGAAAGGAAAAACGAGCACCGGUUGGAAUUGCAUAAUCUAACUGUUGUCUAUACUAUUAUUAUGGACUUGCAUGAUUAUUGAGUAAAAGGAGAGAGUAUUUAAACAAAAUAAGAUUUUCUUUUUCUUUUUUUCCCCAAAAGUAAUCAA